UCCAUUAUUAUUAUUAUUAUGGGUUGGAAGGCCAGAACUAUAUUCAAUUUCCGAGUAUCCACCGAAAAAACCAACUUCUCAUUUCUCACGCACAGAGUAAAAAAAAGACAGUGUUUCAUAAGUGGCAGGUUUUAGUUUAGAGUUUUAAUAUCAGUUCCACAAAUUCGUAAUUCAGCUUUUGCUACAAUCCAAAUAUUGAAUUUGAGGAGUUUGUUGCUCAAGAAAAAUAAACAGUUUUGCUCAUGAACAAGUUUGUUCAUGAAGGUAAAAAAUAUAUAAAUUAAAAUACACAAGAUACAAUAACAACAAUGCCAAGUUAUAGUAUUUCUAAAACUUAUUUAACUUUAAUAUUUAAACUUUGAAGUUUAAAGUUCAAUUAAUAUUUAACUUGUGUCCCCUCUCUCCUUCAUUUGUGUUUUGUUCUUGUCUCUCUGCUUAUUUCUUCUAUUUACCAUAAUCCCUUAAACCUCUUCCUGAAGCCUGUUGUUAUUGGAAGGAUCUUUAUUUAUAAGGGAGUUCUUCCUUUCCACAGUUACCAAGUGCUGCUCAAAGCAGAUUGUCUGAGAGUUUGGGCUUUCUCUCUAAUAAUUUAGCGGGUUGGCUCAUAGUGUAAAAAAGCUUGACAUGACAAUGACUGUCUGUUUAAAAUUGUCCUUUUUAAAUAAAAUAAAAUAAAAUAGAAUGGAUAGAAUUGGAUAGACAUUAUUGUAUGACAAACACAAAAUCAUUGUUCAGAGGUGGAUUGUUGUUUUGUGUGUCUGCAGUCUGUCAGGCUGUCUGAUCACAGAGGAAGGCUGUACGUCACUGGCCUCAGCUCUGAGCUCCAACCCCUUCCAAAUUAGAAAACUGGACCUGGGCUACAAUCAUUCAGGUGACUCAGGAAUGAAGCUGCUUUUGGCUGGACUGAAGGAUCCAUGCUGGAGACUGGACACUCUUAGGGUGGAGCCUGCUGGAGUCCGAUGGUUGAGACCAGGUCUGAGGAAGUAUUCCUGUCAACUCACAAUCGACACAAACACAGUACACACAAACCUCAAAAUGUCUGACAACAACAGGAAGGUGACACGUGUGGAGGAGGUUCAAUCAUAUCCUGAUCAUCCAGACAGAUUUGAUGUUUAUGAGCAGUUGCUGUGUGGAAAUGGUCUGACUGGUCGCUGUUACUGGGAGGUCGAGUGGAGAAUAACAGUUAUUAUAUCAGUGAGUUACAGCAAAAUCAGAAGGAAAGGACUCAGUUAUGACUGUUUGUUUGGAAACAAUGAUCAGUCCUGGAGUCUGUACUGCACUGAUGAUGGUCCUCAUUAUGUCUGUCACAAUAAGAAAGAGACAUCCAUCUCCUCCUCAUCCUCCUCUGUCUCUAACAGAGUAGCAGUGUAUGUGGACUGUCCUGCUGGCACUCUGUCCUUCUACAGAUUCUCCUCUGACACUCUGAUCCACCUCCACACCUUCAACACCACAUUCACUGAAACCCUUUAUCCUGGGUUUAUGCUCAUGUCUCCUGGUUCCUCAGUAACUCUGUGCCGAGUUGAGUGUAAAGAGUGUCCUCCUGUUAGAGAAACACUCUGACUGUUGAACAGAUAGUUCAGUCUGUACAUGUUUGUCUCUUUCACUCAGAAACACAUUUUCAGAUUCAUGGAUUCUAUCAGUUGACGUAUAAAACUGUUCUAAAUGAUUCCUUGUAAACAUCUUCAACUCAGCAAGGUCCACUUACAUGUUCAUGACCAGCUGAUGUGAUUGACAUCAGUCACUAUGGUAAUUUGCCUGGUAAAAAGAGCCAGUGCUGCCAUGUAGCCAUCCUGCCUCACUGACAGGCUUUUGGACUGUUCCAAUUAAACUAUCAGUUCCCUAACAUCACAAUGUGUGGCUGUUAUGCAUGUCAAAGUGAUGUCAUUUUAGGCUUAAAUGUCCAAGUUGCUCAGUCACAUUCAUUACCAUAGUGUAACAUUACUCAGCUAAUCAGAAAGGAAAAGCUAAACAUGUCUAUGGCCUUCACAUUACUCAGUCUGAAGCAGGUCUCUGAUCCAGAUUAAAUCCAAGGUAUAGAUAUAGUGCUGCUAUGACUGAAUCUUCUUUGUUCUUAUUUGCUUUUUCUUUGUUGUAUUUCAAAUCCCAGGAAGAGAUGCCUUGGAAGUGGAAGUAUUGCCCUGUUAACUUUCAAAAGUAGGGCAGCUAUUUAAGCAUUACAGGCUAAAACAUUGGAUUUUUGCAGCAACCAAAGUAUUUCCUUGUUUACAGAUACGCCAGUUCUGUUUUGCUGUAUGUCAUGUGGGUUUGCUGUUCUUGUUCCGAGACUGUCUGUUGUACCCACCUGUGUACUGCACACUUCAAAGUACAACAUAAAGUCAGGUGCCCUUAUAAAGGCUGUAAGUUUGAAAGCUGAAUCUGCUGCACCGAACAAAACAGACUAGGAACACAACUGGAAGAGAUACAGAGACUGAUUUUCAUAUAGCACUUUUCUACUCUUCUGGAGUACUCAAAGCACUUAAUACAGCAUGCCACAUCCUUCUAUGAUUUUUAAGUACCGUACUUACUAACUAACAUUCCCACCCUGAUGGAUGCAUCAGAGAGCAAUGUAAAGUAAAUAUUUUGCCCAAGGACAUUUGGCAUGCAGACUAGGAAUCAAACCAUCAACCUUACAACCAGUAAAUGACCUGCUCUACCUCCUGAGCUAAAACCACCAUGAAGUGAUUGGUUGUGACCUAAGUAACGACAGAGAUGGUGCACAAGAGCAAAUGCUGAUAAUAUGGAGGGGUGCCCUCAGGCCUCUGGGUCUGAAGCUCGGUCCUCUCUGGCACAGCUGGCUGCCGGCAGAGCCCGCGGGCACGCCACUGCA